GCUAGCCAGGCUAGCUAACCUACAUUCCCACUGAUAGGAGCGGUUUAGCUCGCUUAACUGUAGCUACGAACUUUUGUCGCACAAAAGAAAACUGCAACUGGUUCUGUUACAAGAAAACUACAAGGACGCGCACAACUGUCUGUUUUCAUUAACCCACCAGCUUUUGAUUUAGGUACUCAGCUUUAAGUAGCGUGAAUGUCAUAAUAUCUUGUUUUUAGCUAUGUUGCAACACGGUGCAGGAAAAGGAGCUAACCGGCUGUAACUUUAGCUAACAAACAAACAAGGCGGCUAGCGUAACGUUAAGAAGGCAGUGAACAAUGAAGCCAGUUUAACCUAAGUUAGAAAACUUAAGAAGUUCUGUUGUUUUUUGGAAAAAAAAGUAUAAUUUAGCCAGCUAUGCUUGAAAGUAAAAACGAUUCCGAGUAAAUGUAUGUAAGCCGUUUGGUCAACUGGCAACACUUAAAGUGGCUGUUGAGAGUGCUGUGGGGUACCAGCCCUUGUGGACUCCUCACACCACCGGCGUAAAGUGCUGAAUGCUAGCUUAGCUUUAGCUCCCUCAACCACACAUCAGCUGACAUCCUUCAGGCGAGCAGGCACAGCCAGCCAUGGAUCAACUCAAAGUCAAAGACAGGAUCCUCGAAAACAUCUCUCUCUCAGUAAAGAAGUUGCAGAGUUACUUUGCUGCUUGUGAAGACGAGACACCAGCCAUUAGGAAUCAUGACCGCGUUCUCCAACGUUUGUGUGAACACCUGGACCAUGCUCUGCUAUAUGGGCUGCAGGACAUCUCUUCAGGUUACUGGGUCCUAGUUUUACACUUUACACGACGCGAGGCUGUCCGGCAGAUAGAUGAACUCCGGCACAUAGCCACCAACCUUGGCCGAAGUCGAGCAUGGCUGUACCUGGCACUCAGUGAAAGCUCUUUGGAAAGCUACCUUCGUCUUUUCCAGGAGAAUCAAGCACUCCUUCACAAAUAUUAUUUCAAAAAUGCCUUGGUUUGCAGUCAUGACCACCUCACACUGUUCCUUACACUCGUUUCUGGGCUGGAAUUCAUCCGUUUUGACCUUGAACUGGAUGUUCCAUACCUGGAUGUGGCGCCUUACAUGCCAGAGUACUACAAACCACAGAAUCUCUUGGAUUUUGAGGAGAGAUUGCCCAGUUCUGAUAGUCUAUCAUUACACUCAUUCACAUCCCUCACCUCCACUAAUCUUGAAUGGGAUGACAGUGCCAUUGCCCCUUCAAGUGAAGAUUAUGAUUUUGGUGACAUCUUCCCUGUGUUGCAGUCAAUGCCAAGUGCAGACUGGGAAGAAGGAGACCUAACUGACCCAGUCAGUGGGCCUCGCUCCUCAGCAUCUGACCCACAGACAGUGGUCAGUGACUCUGUAGUGAUCAGGGCUGCAGCAGCACCAGUCAGGAGCACAUCUCUGUCUCGCAGCCCAACGUUUCGACACAACCCCUUUAACGAGGACUCAGACACAAACACUUCAGCUGACGUGACUCCAGUACACACAGCCAGCCGCCAUGAUGGCACCACUGGAGAUGAUACUGAAAGUACCAGCACAGAGCUGGAGGUCAUCAGGAUGGCCAGACGGAGGAAGCCGAGUAAGAAACGACGGGGGAAGGGAUCAACAGACUCGGCUAGCAGUGGCCUCAACAUGGCUUCUCCUGAGCCAGCAGAAACUGAGGAAUCCCUUCAGAUUGUGUGUGAGAGGGGCAGUGCAGAGGAUGCUCCCUCCGGAGGCAGCUGGAGCCCACUGGAUGGACUGGAUGGCUCAGCACAAAACUCAGCACAAACACGCACAGAGCAUGGGGAGGAUGAGGAGGCUGAGGCUCUGUUGCGGCUGCCUGAGAUGACAGACACCUCCAUGGACAGCGUGGGCCAGCCGCUCCGGGAUGUAAUGGACAGGUUGAAUGGGGCUCUGGAUGGAAACAGCUGGGAGAAACAGGAGGAGGAUGAAGAGGAUGUGCAGGAUGGUUCCACUGUAGCUAACCCUGCCGCAGCUCCUCUUCAGCAUCAGCCCUUUCGAGAGGACACAGGAGGCGAGCCUCCAGACCCAAACUGCCAGCCUUUGGCCCCAAGCCCCAACUUCCUCCAGGCCGCUGCACCUCCUGCAGACUUCUACUGCUUUACCCCCAACAGUCCAGAACCUGCUGCCCAGAGUGGUGGGCACAAUGACUCUGCAAGGCAUGGCCAGUCGCAGGCUGUACUUGGUGGCCAUGAAGAUGAAAGAGAAGGAGAAGCAGCAGAGCAGGUUGCCUCCUCCCUCCUCUUAGAGGAGAAGGAGAAAGAAGCUGGUGUGGACAUGAUGCAGCAAAAUGGUUCUACUCAAAGUAAAGCUGAAGAAGAGCAGGAAGUUGAAGGAGGCAGUCCAACAGAGAGUUCUCAUCCUGCAGAGUUCAGGGUAGAUAACAAUCACCUACUGCUUCUCAUGAUCCAUGUCUUCAGGGAGAAUGAAGAGCAACUCUUUAAGAUGGUGAGGAUGAGUACCGGCCACAUGGAGGGGGAUCUGCAGCCGCUCUAUCUGCUGCUGACAGACUGUUACAUUUAUCUGUUGCGCAAAGGGGCAGCAGAAAAGCCAUAUACUGUAGAGGAAGCUGUGUCCUACAGUGAGCUGGAUUACAUAUCUGUGGGUUUGGACCAGCAGACGGUCACUCUGGUGUGCACCAACAGAAGAAGACAGUUCCUGCUGGAUACUGCAGAUUGCUCACUCACUAUCUGGUUUCUCAGUGUGCUGAAGUCAGCCAUGAUAAAUGGUAGUAGGGAGCCGCCUUACCCCGCUGUCCUGACUGAUGCUACUAUGGAGAAGUUGGCCCUCACUAAAUUUGUGUGUCAGGAGUCCCACUGUGAGGUGUCGGAGGUCAGUAUCCGUCUGUAUUCCCUGGUUCACUGGGAGGACCCCAUGGAUGUGUCUUUGGGCUCUGCAACCUCCCCAUCAGGCUCAGGAAUAUCACGUAGCACCAAGGAGGGUGCUCUUCUAUACCGUGCAGGGACUUCUUAUCUGGGGAAGGAGCUGUGGAAGAGCUGUUAUCUUGUGCUUAGUAAUGGCAUCCUCUACCAGUAUGCUGAGAGGACUGAUGUUACUCCGUUGAUGUCAAUUACCAUGGGGGGUGAGCACUGUGGAGGCUGCAGGCGCUCAAACAGCACAGAAAGGCCACACGCGUUUCAGGUGAUUCUAACAGCACGUCCUCCUCUGGAGCUGAGUGCUGAGAAUGAGCUGGACAUGGCAGACUGGAUGCAGCUCAUCUGUCAGGCUGUGUCCAAAGGGGUGAUUCCACAGGGAGUAGCACCCACGCCUUGUAUCCCAUGCUGCCUUGUUCUUACAGACAAGAAGCUGUUGACAUGUCAUCAGGAUUGCCAGACCAGUUUUUUCCGUUCACUUGGUGGUGCUGACAUCAGUGACGUCACAGCGGUUUGCCUCGAGGAGGAUAAAGAGUAUUGUGUCAUCGAGUUUGCAGCCGACCGGGCUCAUUUCCUGCCUCCUUGGGUCCUGUAUUUUAGUGGUUGUGGGGAGAGGGAUCGGCUCCUGGAAGAACUUGACAUUCUGUGGACAUCUGUUUUCCAGGUGUGUCUACCUCGUAAGACUGUGUCAGACAUGUCAGUCCAGAAGAGGUGCAAGGAGGCGCUGGAGCUAAUGAGGAGUGCCUGGCAGAGAAGUGACAGUCUGCACCGAGGCAGAUCCCAGAGAGAGCCCUGGUGCUGAGAGCCCAUCACUCACUCUAAAGGAACACAAUAUAGGACACAACAGGGCCUUCACUAAUACUCCCACUAUUAACAUAGGUAUGAACAGCAGGCUUCGUGUUUGACAGGAACAAACCUUGUUCACCAGUGAGCUGACAUUGACAAAUCCAUGACAAGGAUCAAAAUCGAAGAGAAAAUGUUGGGAGCAUGGGAAAAACUUCAGUAAUAUUGUGCUGAUCCUGCGGUAUCAUUUUGUUUACACCUGCUUUGCCUUGCACAAAUAUUUAAUGAAAGGACUUGCAGAAUACUAAACCUUACACUUUCAGAAAUGGAGAGGACAAACAAAUGAAAUACAGAAAACCCCUCAAUGCGCUGUCAACACUGUGCACACAGUUAUUGGCUCAACAAAGAGAAACCCAAAACCUGCAUCACAAAUGUACAGAAUGUGUACAGUGUAAAUACACAGUAAUUGAAUGCCUAUACUGUUCAUAUUAUGUUCCUGCUUGUAAAAGUCUUUCUAUUGAUGAAUACCUCACUAAAAUCCAUAUUAUGUAUACAGAGGUACUUGUUGCUGAUGGACUUGAGUGAAGAAAGUUUACUGUCUUGACUGUUACAGCAACGUUCGGUCCAGUUGUUUAAAAUUAUUUUCUGGCUGCUAGAGGAAGGUUACGGUUAUUGAUACUGAAUGUACGAGUCAAGCCAGCUUGCCAAAUUCAGCCUGUGUGGAGAUGAAGAGAACAAAGAGAGGGAGCAGUUUAUAAACUAACGUUUGCUUGCGCCAUAAUGCAAGAUUGCACUUUUUUUUUUUAUUAAGCUGUACUGAUUUUAUUAAUGGGAUGAAUGUGAUUGCUAUGGGAUAGUGGCUAAGAGCAUUAUAAUUAGGCUGUUUAGAUAUUUAGGUUGUCUGGCUGUCUGAAACUGUUCUGAUAAUUUUUUACAUUCAUUUUUUCUGUUGUUUUAAACCAAUUGGUCAUGUUAUGCAGGUGCAUUCUUAAAACAAAAUUUGGAGUGUUUUUAAGUCCUUAUUCACUACCAGAUAGUGAGGCAUCCUAAAAAAACCUUUAUGUACCUUAAACAGAUGUUAGUGGUAUGUAAUUAUACACCCAGCCCAUCCACAGUGUAUUGGCACUGACAGCAGACCUAUAAUGUGAAUAUUUCUGUGCACAGUAUUGCAUACUUUUAUUUUGUUCGUUUACCUUGUCUUUUGGCUGUACACUUGCAGGCACAUCUUCUCUUUGUUGUAAAGAGGAGCACAUCAGUUUUAUUUACAAUUUUAUCUUGUUUAUGUUCUAUCAGGGAAAUUCCACCAGUUUUUCAAAAUGUUUGCAUAAUUAAGUCACUGAGACAUUAAGAUGUAAACAAAUUGAGUGGUUUGAUGUGGAAUGUUCUUACAGACUUAUAGAGUCAGAAUUGUUCACAGUGGUGGUGAUAGGAACCAGACAUCUGGAGAGUUUACUGCCUCGCAAAGCUUAAUCACAAAAAAUCACAGCAUGAAAUGCUUACGAACAUGCUGCCUGUUGUCUGAGACAUUGUUCUAUGAUAUGUUUUGGCUACAUUUUUUUUUUUUUCUUUCAAACACAUUCAUGGUAAGGUACAUUACAUAUAAAAACACAGGACACAUGUAGGUAAAAUGGUGCUAUAAACAUUGUGAUCCCUGGUUCAUAUCAAUACCACUGUAAAGAAAUCUGGGUCAGUAAGUUUCUCUACAAUGAACCUUUUCACACAAAACACUCUAAAUGACUUUGUUUAUAUCUUAGGUAUUGAAUUAUGCAGACAUUUUGAAAUAUCUAUGGAAUUACCUAUUUGAGCCUCUGCUCCUGUAUUGACUAAUCUGGUCUGAUUUUGAGACUGACAGAUAUUAUUCUUGUUUUUUUAGGGUUGUUGUUUUAGUUUGACUUUUACAUACAUAGGCCUUCUGUUUCAUCUAUGCGCAAUUAAUAGCCUAUGCUGGGCCCCAUUGAACCAGUUUGAUUCUUGAUUUUGCACUUGAGUACAUUAUGGUAUACUGUCUCAACAUUGUCCUCAAAUAUUAGUUUAUCUAUAUUUGCGGACAGUGUUUUCGCUCUUAUUCUUCACCUAUUCAUGCCAUAAGAACAGUGUUUAGCUUCUUGGGUUACGAAUGAAAAUAAUGAACAUUUUCCACGCGUUUUUGUUGCAGUUACAUUGUCAGGCAUUUCCUUUUUUUAGAUGAAAUGCACAACCAUUCUGUGAUUCUAGCUUACUGUUAGGCGGAGUGCACACUAGAAAUUCCUCCAGUGGUCAAAUGUUCAGUGGUUUAAAAGAAAGUUUACUUGAGUACAUUUUGGAAAAUGUUUGCUAGCCUGUUAUGACUAUGAUGGAAAUGGUGUUGAAGUUUGUUCAAAUUAACCGUGAUGGACUUGUGUAUUUGGACAUUGCUGGGCAAUGAUGGAUUACAUUUGGCACAUUAAAAUCGUACAGAAGCA